AGACUCACCAAUCUCUUGGGACAAGCAAGAACACGGUCAUUUUAUGAGCGGGGAGAAUAAUUAUAGUUUUUUGAUUUGGCCAGACGGUACUUAUGUAUUAUAUCAAGCUCUGGGAGCACAUGAUAAUUAUUCGUGA